AUGGUGAAGAACGCAGAGAAGUACGCUGAGGAGGACAGGAGGAGAAAGGUAGAUUAUGGGAACCAGUGCACUCCUCCUGUAAUUACUGAAGGCCCUUGCUGUUGUAACUGUAGUAACGACGCCUCCUCCUCCUCCUCUCAGUGCAACAAACUGAAAGAAGAGAUCGCCAAAGUGAGAGAGCUGCUGGCCAGGAAGGACUCUGAGACUGGUGAAAACAUCAAGCAGGCUGCGAGCACCCUGCAGCAGGCAUCGCUCAAACUCUUCGAGAUGGCCUACAAGAAGAUGGCAUCUGAUCGGGAGGGCAGUAGUGGCAGUGGUGGUAGCAGCGGUUCUGGCAGUGAAGAGAAGAAGGAGGGGCAGCAGUAGAGCCCCGCACCACGCUGAAUUGCCCUGGGGCAUCCACACCUGGGGCAGGGGGCUGAAGAAGCUUGGGAAGGCAACGCUCAUCUACUCUCCUGAGCGAAUAACACGCACAAGUCAUUCUUGUAUACUGUGUUUUUGCAGUAUUCUAUACAUGGCUGGUUUUUCUGUUCUCUCAUAAUUUUGUAAUUUAAUAGUUCAGAAGUAUAUCUUGUCAGCAUUUUUAAAGAUGUGUUUUUUGUUUUGUUUUUUUUGUCAUGUUGUAAAAAUGAUAAAGGUGAUAAUUAUGAUACGUUAUCUGGAAUGGCAUUUGGCUGCUUUUCAGUGAGGAUAGACCUUGCUUUGUCUGGUCCUGUAUUUUGCAUACCUUUUGAUUGAACUUAACUUAUUUAAAACCACCAAAAAGGACUGUACUGGAGACAGUGUCAGUAGCAUCAUAAGGUGUGUACAUUUCUGACACUGUCCAGGUCUGAGUCUGCAGCAGCAGCACCAUCAUAGUUACAAAGAAACAAGAAAAACUUCCAGAUUUCUGCCACAUUCACACUUGAGCACUCUCAGCUGCUGGAGGACUGCCCUGUAUUUAAAUAUGCAGUUCAGGUCUAUUACAACCAAGUGUUCCUCUUGACCCGUCUCAGUUACAACACUCUUAUUUAUUGUACAGUGUAAGAAAUUGGAUUUAUUAAAAUGAUUGUAAUGUAUGAACAUCUGUCCACUAUAUUAAUACUGGUGGGGUCUUUAUGCAAAAGUUUUGCUUAGUGUCUGGCUUUUACUAAAGCAGGGCUUGCCAUGUCACAGUUUGGUGGGACGGUGUCUGGGAUGCCUGUUGUGGUUUGUGCACAGUCUGGCCUGUGAUCAGUUAAUGUUCUUGUACUUGUGGUGUGUUUGUAAAUUGCCAGGUAGAAAAAAAGGGGUUCUGUGUGUUAAUCUCAACACAGAAUAAUAUUCUUUACUUUCCUGUGAUCCCUCUAUCUACAACAUUUUAUAAAGACAAAGCAUGUGACCGCAUUUAACAUGAAAGUGAAGCUUGUAUCUGCGACAAGAAUCUGUUUAAAAAAUCCAUGUAUAUAAUGUGCCGUUUUCAAAAUACAGAAAUCACUACUCAGAAGAAAGUGUUUUUCAAGUGCUAAAAUAAUUCCGAUGUGAGUGUUUAAAGUUAAAGAUGAGCAAAAAUAGUACCUGAUCUCUUGAGUUUUAGUCCCUGCUGCACACUCUACGGGACCCUGAGCUGCUAAAGGUUCAGAGAGGGGUUGCUGGCUGAGCUAAUGGCUCUGGUUAUACAUUAACAUUGACGAGGGUGUCUGGGAGUUCAGCAGUCAGAGUCACAUCGUAUUCUUGUGCAACAUAAAAUAGUAAGUUUUUUUUUUUUUUAAAUAAAAUCUGAGAUUCAAA